AUGGCACCGUACCCAGCGCAGCCUAUCAAAGGCAGAGAACGAUAUCGCGUGAUGAUGGACAUUCGCAAACUUGACGCCCAAAAUUGGCUCACCCUCGAUAAAAACUAUAUGGACGAACACCAUGUCCGGACCCAAUUGCUUCACGAAAAAAGAGAGGAGGUCAUACGCUGCCUGCCGGAAUCAAUUGAACCGUGCCAGGAGGCAUUGGAGGAAGUUUCAGACUUUCUCUGCGAGAGAUUCCCUAAUAUGUUUGAAAUGUCGAUUCAAGACGGUCGAAAGAUCGUCGACAAUCGCAUGACAGGCGAUAAAUUCACUGUCAGCGGGCGCGACUCCAAUGAGGGACUAACGGAGGCACUCGAAGCUGCCGUUCGUCUCACUAUGGAGGAUCUCAGUAUUCUGAUGAUGAACGAGGAAGGGGAAUUCUACCUGGCAGCUAGCGCCAGUCUCUUCCCAACCGGGUGGACAGUGAACCAGAGAAUUGGCUGGACCAUCUCUCAACUGCACGGCCCCGUACCACUAUGGCACCAACAAGUCGCCAAUUCUGUCAGCAAAUUCCUCGCCCGCUUAACUCCAACCUCUCCAAUGGAACGCUCAAACUUCUUCGUAGAAGUCAAGGGACCAAACGAGAAUCUGACCGAGAUCCUCUAUCGGCCUAACUCCCUCUGUGAGAAAGAGCUGCGCAGCCCUUUGCCGUCAGAUAUCCUGAUCCGUCGCGAGAGACAGACUUUCCGUCGACUGCCGCGGACAGGGGCGAUUGUAUUCGGUGUCAAGACCUAUCUAACGCCGCUGGAUGAACUUCCAAUGGCUGAGCUGGAUAAUCUUGCCAAGGAGAUGAAGAGCUGGCCUGAUUAUGUGGGUGAGUAUAAGGGGAGGGAUGUUUGGGGGGCUAAGGUUUUAGAAUAUUAUCGGAAGCGGGUCGAGGAUGAAAAGACACUAAAUGAGAAGGAGAAAGACCAGAACAUUGAAGUUUGA